AACGUGCUACUCCGAUAAUACAUUAGGUGCAUAGAUUAUACACUUAAUAUAUUCGAGAAUUAGGUGUCAAUAUUUGCAUUUGAUAAUUCGAUUCGAAAUUUCAAUUUAAAAACUUUAUUGAUAUUGGUAGUCUAAUAAGUUAAUUAGAGUGUACACUUUAAAUUAAAUAGUGAAUAAAUUUGAAUUACACACCAGAAAAUGGAUGAAAUGGAAAUUGAUGACCUGAGAAAUAGUAAGAGCUCAACAGAGAUAACGAAUAUUUUACGAAAAUUUGUUAAAGACAACGAAAAAACUUUCAAAUUUCCUGAACUUACGAAGAGGUUUAACAGAGUUUUACUGUGGACAACACUUUUUCAACACCUGCAAAAUGAUGCUUUGGUUUCAACACAUGCACUAUGUUUAAAAGCUUUAAGGAUUCUUAGCCGUGACCAAGAUGACAUUGAAAAUGUUCUAUGUGAACGUUGGGUCAUAACAUUAAUCGACAAAUCAGGCUUGUUAGAGCCUAUGGAGUCUGCUGAAAAGGACCCAACUCUAUUAGUCGUGCCCUGUAAAGAAGUAGCGAUUGAAGCUAUGAAGUGUUUGUGUAAUAUUACAUUCAAUAGUGAACUGGCUCGUAAUGUUUGUGUAAACACAAGAAUAGCACAUGGGCUUAUCACACGAAUGAAAAUAUGCAAACACAUUCCUUACAAAAAAGAGUUAAUGCAGUAUGAUAUGAAAUUGAUCUUCAUACUGACAGCAUUAAUAGAAAACAUAAGAUUAAAAUUUAGGCACGAGGAUGGUGCAAUGCAUAUGAUUAAUUAUCUCAAUGAAAUAUAUUCUGAAAGUUUACAACCUAGUUCUGAUGAGGCGAGUGUUAGUGCAAAUUCAGAAGAUGCUCCAAAAUAUUACUUCACUGAUGAAGAUCGAGUAAUUGUGUGCGAGUUAUCGAAGGCUUUAUUUAACCUCAUAAUAUUGCCUAAUGAAGAUACUCCCACAACAGAGAAAGAGAAACAACAAUUUACAAACUUGGUGUCUGUGCUUGGGAAGAUAAUGACUGUACAAACCUCCUCCAAAUCAAAUGAUUUAGAUUUAAUGAAUAAUAUUGUUAAUCUACUAACAAGCAUCCACACACUGUUUUAUAUGUCCCUGACAGAAGAAAUUGGAGACAAACAAAAGCCUGACCAUAUUUAUGAAGGUAGAGAUAUGACUUCACUGGUCAUACUACUUCAAUUUUUGAAACAUCAGCUAACUGCUAGCGAUGAGCGACAGAACCUUUACGAAAAACUAUCUCCGAUAUUGACGGUCCUCAAUAAAUGUGCCCGUGUACGCGUCCAACGUAAGUUCUUACGUAAAGCCGUGCUGCCGCAUCUCCGCGACGUGUCGAAGCCCCCCGAGCAGGGCGACGAGCUGCGGAACCACCUGUGCCGGCUGCUGACGACGCCCGUCACCAGCGUGAGGGACUUGGUAGCGGAGUUCUUGUUCGUACUCUGCAAGGAAAAAGUGAGCCGCAUGGUGAAGUACACUGGGUUCGGUAACGCGGCCGGGCACCUGGCGAGCCGCGGGCUGCUGGCGGGCGGGCGCGGCGCGCGGUACUCGUCCAGCUCCGACUCGGAAACGGAGGAGUACCGCCGGCACGCGCACGCGCUGGAUCCCGUCGUGGGCUGCACGCGCCCGCCGCCCGCCGACCCCUUCCGCGGCAUGACGGACGAACAGAAAGAGUACGAGGCUAUGAAGCUUGUCAACUUGUUCGAUAAGAUGGUAACCGCCGGCGUGGUGAAGCCGGCGCGGGUCGGGGCAGACGGUCAACUGCAGGCAGUCGAGCAUGUGCUCCAGCUCAGAGAGGAUCUACCGAAAAGGACAAUGUCUUAAAUAAAUCCACUUUUUUACUGGUGGUAAGACCUCUUGUGAGUCCGCACGGGUAGGUGCCAACACCCCACCCAUUUCAGCCGUGAAGCAGUAAUGCGUUUCGGUUUGAAGGGUGGGGCGGCCGUUGUAACUAUACUGAGACCUUAGAACUCAUAUCUCAAGGUGCGUGGCGCAUUUACGUUGUAGAUGUCUAUGGGCUCCGGUAACAACUUAACAACCAGGUGAGCUGUGAGCUCGUCCAACAAUCUAAGCAAUGAAUAAAAAAAAAUCUAAACUUUAAUUUUCCAAAUAUCAUGCCUUUUUCAUUGAUUUUUCUAGGUUAAUUUAUUUAAGUAAAAUCGUUUAUUGUCUUACUGGGUGAUUCGGGUGAAGUAUACCUACUGUUUAUAACAUAAUCGAUAAGGACUAUUUUGAUCAGUAUAUAAAUUUGAUUGUUACUUGAAUUUUCUUGCUACCAUAACGCUCAACAUCACGACACUGAAGGUCUUCAAGUGAACAAUCAUCAUGCAGACCACACGAGUGUCAGUUAGAAAGGCGCGCUAAUCGCUCUAAGGGCUCGUACACAAUAUCCGGCUGCUCGCAAUUUAUUAAAUCUUGCUUCGUUAUAAAUGCCUUUAAAAUGAUUAAUAAUUCUUCGAACGUGUUUAUGCUCAUUCUAGUGCACCCGUUUUUUUGUUUAUGUAGUCUUAAAUAUUUCAAAACGCUUGCUCUCGUCUUUGUAAAUAAGAAUGUAUCCAGUACUUCUUCCUUUGUUUUUCUUUUUCACGUAAUAUAAAUUUAGUAAAUAGCUGAAACUCCUUCUACGUACAUCUUUGAAAUUUUUCGUUCUCAUCGUCGUGGUUGGUAAUCGCAAACCGGUAGGUGACACUCGCAACGUAUUGCGGAUAAUCACAUAGUGUGUAUGACUCCUAACAAUACAAUUGAGACUUGGACCUCAGAGUGGGUGGCAGCGUCGAGACUGGGCUGCUAUGAGCAUCAAUGACCACUUCACACCAGUUUGAACCUGGGCCGUCAUGCGCCUAUGGGGACGACAGGUAAAAAAAUCACCCAAAAGAUGCGAGCUAGAAGUUAUAUACUCUAUUUAUAUUAUAUAGCAUUUAUCAUUAAAAUCUUUAGUCUAAUUUAUAUUAUAAUAUAUAUUAAUAAAUUAAUGUUACUAACAAAACUUAGCCUGAUUCUUUUUGCCUGUGAUAAAUAUAAUUUGAAAGCUUAAAGGGGCGCUUUAUUCUGGUUUUUCUAUUGUAUCUGGUUGUAUGAUUAUGAAUCAAGUUUUAAUGACGAUUUCUACAUUAGAUGUAAAUAUGAAAACUCGAUUUUUUUUAUUGCCCUUGUAGGCAGACGAGCAUACGGCCCAUGGUGGAUGGUGAGUGGUUACCGUCGCCCAUGGACUUCAGCAAUGCCAGGGGCAGAGCCAAACCGCUGCCUACCGCUUAAUAUGUACUCAAUAGCAGUGCGGAUGUUACAAAAAGGUGUUACCUUAUGCCAUAUAGAUUUUAUACAGCAGUAGUGGACUCAAAAUGCCAAAGACGAUAGAAUGAAUAAAAUCUGUAAAUGAAUGGAAAAUUUAAAGGUAGUGAAUUAUUUUCGGAAAAUGUAUGAAUAUAUUAUUUCAAAAUGUCAGUAUAAUUUAUGUUGUUGAUGUAAUGAACUAACCUAAUUAUGUAAGUACUAAUUUAAAAAAAAUGUAUUAUAGCUAUUUUAAAAGUAAGUAAAUAGUAAAUAUUUUAUCGUGUAACAUUUUAUCCUACUCCAAGUAAUAUUUAAUAUGAAUUUUUAGUACGUAUUAAAUGAUAAAAUAAUAUAAGCAUUAAUCAUCUUCAUCUCGGAAAAUGAAUUAAUAACAUCAAAAUAAUUUUACUAAUAAAUAAAAAAGAGUAAUAGUAUAGUUUGAUACUUUUAAAGUAUGUUUCCAUUUGUAUAUUUACAUAGUAUACUGUAGUAGUAUAAUAGCCUAGUCACGCAUAAUUUAUUUCAUAUCAACUAGAAUAUGCUCGAUUUCAUGUAUUUGUAAUAACUAGUGUACGACCAAUGAUCGAAAUUCGACCGUGAUCACUGACACCUCAAGAUUUAUAUUCAUUUGCAUUAAUUAUUUGACAUCUUGAAGAUAAAAAUUUACUAUUUUCAGUACUUUUAUUGUUAAAAUAGAACUCUUCAGUCUAAUAAAGAAAACCAAAUGAAAAUCGAUUGAUACACAGAUUGGAAAAUAGUAGUUAACUGUUUUUUUUCUCCUACCCACGCCGAAAAUUCGGUUUUCCUCCCGCUGUACAGGGAAGAAAGUGUAACUUUUCCUCCCGCUGUACAGGGAAGAAAGUGUAACUUUUUCUCCCUGGGUACAAGUGCGCAUGCGCGUUAGUGUCUACGUCUGCUCUCACGCUCCUAAAAUUCUCCGCCAUUGUUGUGCUCGGGUAAUUUGCAAUAUUGUGUUUAGUGUAAAAGUGAAAUAAACAAAAGACAAUAAAAUUUAAUAGUGAAGUAUUAAACAAAGAUGUGUUCAUCAGACAGUUCUUUUUCAAUUAGUAGUAGUUUAUUUAAAAAUUAAAAAACAGUUAAAUUGUUUUUUUUAUGCGUACGGGGGCGCUCUGCCCCCCUGCCCCCGGCCAGGACUACGCCCCUGGACCCCGACUCGGUACUCCACGAACUUUCGGCCUGGUAGGAGAAAAAAUAGUAUGUGCACCGCGGGAGAAAAGUUGGACAUUUCCUCCAGCGUGUUUGCCAAUUUGUUUGGCAAUUUUACACGCGGGAGGAAAUAUCCAACUUUUCUCCCUUGGUGCACAAAGUACUAUUCCUUACCUGUUUAUACUUGAUUAUAUAGGUUCACGUCGUGUUAAAUAUGUUAUUACUAGUAGAGUUUUCAUAAUUCAUUGAUUUAAAUUCCAACAUUAUAGUAUUGUAAAUCAUAGUUGUGUGAAAUCAUAGUAUAUUGUUUCUAAGCUAUAUCAUUGUUAUUAAUUUAAUAUAUAUUAUUAAUGGAAUAAAGAUAAAAAUAAAAUA